AUGGCUAGGUGUUGCACUACUCAUUGUCAGCUUGACAAUCCAACUCUACGUAAUAGUAGUACUCAACAAACAGCGUGUGAGAUGCAGAAAUCUUACGACAUAAAAAAGAGAAAAUUUAAAGAAAGCUUUGAAUACGAAAUUGUAGAAGACUUUUUCGAUAUUGACUGUAACAAGAAGAUCCACUUUGACGAAGGAAACUGGACAGACGAUAAGGAAGAUAGAGAACACAGCAACCUGAAUCUCGUUUGUUAUCAAGAUGUUUUAUUUGAAAGACUCGAAACUGGUCGAUGGAAAAGUAUUGAUUUAGGGAGUAUUCCCAGUUAUGAAUACUUCAAGUAUCAUGAAGAGCUUGUUAACUAUAAGCGAAAGAUGUAUAAUGGUGCAAGUACGAUUACAAAGAUCGGUGUAGAAUUCACUGACGAAGAAGAGUCGGAUAGUGACGAAAGCGAUGACUUACCAGAAGUGGAGAUAGAACACGUCCCUUUAUGUAAACAGGUUCGCGGUCGUAGUCAUAGCUACAAACCCAAAACAUGGUCGAAGCUUGGUCAGGUGCUCGUUGUAUUGAAAGAGGAUACAUGA